AUGUUGGGAAACUGUUUCGGCAGUGAUGCUCUAAAGAAAACAACCGUUUACCAGUGGCAUGAACGCUUCAGAAGUGGUCGUGAAUCCGUCGAGGAUGACGAACGCAGUGGCAGGCCGUCGACAUCGAAAACCGACGAAAACAUCAAUAAAGACAUUGUAGUUAAUGAUUUGGGUUUGCGCCGUGUUGUUGCAAAGUUGGUCCCGAAGGAAUUGAAUUUCAUGCAAAAAAGGGACCGCGUUGACAUCGCCAAAGACAUGAUUUCCAAGGCUGAAUCCGACCCAACAAUCAUCAAACGCAUCAUUACUGGAGACGAGACGUGGGUUUAUAAGUACGACACGCAAUUCAGACAUCAGGCGAGUGAAUGGAGAGCUCCAAAUGAGCCAAGACCAAAAAAACCACGUCGUUUUCAGUCGAAAAAGAAAGUGAUGCUCACGGUUUUCAUGGAUUAA